AUGACAUCCUUCAUGGAACUUUUGAACAAGGCCUACGGUCACUUGUCAACUUUUACCAUCCCAGGAUGGGGUCGUCUGGUUGUGAUAAACCGUACUGAAUGGCUUGCGCAUGUCAAAAAGAGUAUCGUCUAUUCAUAUGAAUCUACAGGACCAGUGGCCUUAUCUAUAUUCGAGCAGUUCCCUGGGUUAGGAACGCCUGUUGCUUCCGAGGGAGAAAAAUGGAGAGCCUCUCGCAAGGCCAUACAACCCAUUUUUGGAGUAAAGUCCUUCCAAGACCAACUCGCUACCGCUAUGAGUGAUGUAACUUAUGCCGACUACGACACUUUUUUUGUGAACGCCACGAAGGAUCGACUUCCGUUUGACUGGAACGACUCUUUCGGGCGCUUGGCGCUAUCAAUUUUUGUCAAGAGCAACUUUAAUCUCGAUACAACGAUGCUGCAGGAGGACCCCAAAGCCUUGACAGACUCUCAUGAGCUGAUUUCGUCUAUCUGCGAACUCAACGAGAUCUCCGCCGCAUGCGCAUUUAUUCAAUCCGUACUGCUUGACGGAACUUGGUUCAGGUUCAGAAGGACUAUAUCUGUCCUAUGGGAAGCGAUCGACGGCCUCAUCGAAGAACGAUCAAAGUCUCUCGCUCUAGCUGGAGAUGUCGACAGCCAAGAGACCGAUUUCUUUUCCACCUUUCUGAAAUCGCAUUCAGAGACUAAUCCUGUCUUCACCCGGAACAUAAUGCAACCGGAGUGGCUGAACCGAAUGCGGGAAGAGACCAUCGCAUUGGGACAGUCGGGCCAAGGUCCCACUUUUGCGACAUUAUCGGCGUGUGCUCUCCUUGCUUCUCUAGGUGCAGACGAACUAACUUCUUGUCAUCUAACACAGUCUUAUGUAAUCCAUUUGGCGGCGUUCUACGAGACGGUUCGUCUGUGGCCUGGCCUGCCUAAGAAUGCGCGAUACGCCACUGCCGGUGAUAUACUCCCAGCGGUACCUGAGCUUUCCAUUCCCGAGACCAACAUUGAAAAAGGAACGUACGUCCUAUGGUCGGACAAAAUAAUCAUGAGAGAUCCUUUGGUCUGGGGACCAGAUGCAGACGAAUUCAAUCCCGCGAGGCACAUCUCUGACGAUGGCAAAUUCAUCAAGCCUUCCGCUCCCGAGUUCAUAACCUUCGAUGCGGGACCACGCUAUUGCCCUGCUGCCAGCAUCGUCCCCUACGAAUGGGUAUUUAUCUGGUCCACAUUGCUUCGGCUUUUCGACUUCGAGUUUCUUGAUACCUCGAAAAGAUCCACUGGCGACUUCUUGGCGAACCAGAUGGCGGAUCCGUUUAUGGUACGAGUCCGCGAAAGGGAAGCGUGA